AUGGCCAAAAGUUUCCUCAAGUGGACUGGAGGCCUUGUAAUCGCCGGUGGCGUUUACGCCAAAAUAAAAUACAAGUCCGCUUACGAAGCUGUGCAUCUUGAUGAGGCGGCAACGGUGCGAGCGUUUUCUACCUUCUCUAUUGACAACCGCAGGGAGUUUUACGACGUUGCCGUUGUUGGUGGUGGCAUCGUCGGGGUGGCGACGGCGCGUGAAAUAAAGCAGAGAUUCCCCAGUAAACGAGUUAUAAUGCUUGAGAAAGAGGCAGAUGUCGCUUUGCAUCAAUCAAGUCACAACAGUGGUGUGGUGCAUGCGGGUAUGUACUACAAGCAAAAUUCACUCAUGGCACGCCUUUGCCCGCGGGGACACGAUUUAAUAAUGGAGUACUGCCGGAAGAAUAAGUUGCCUCUCGAUCGAGUAGGGAAGCUUAUAGUUGCUGUAAAGGAGACCGAAAUACCUGCAGUUGAGAAUCUCUACAAGCAAGGGGUCGAAAAUGGUGUGCGGGAUCUCAAGAUGCUGAGGGGUGAGGAGGAAAUAAAGCGCGUUGAACCUAAUGUUCGAGGCUUGUGCGCUCUUUACUCCCCAGAUACCGCCAUCACCGAUUUCAGUGCGGUAGCACGCCACAUGUUGAAGGAAUUGUUAGCUGACCGCCAACGCGGCUUCGUGGCUCAGUUCUGCUACGAGGCACUCGACUUCGUUGGUGUGUCAAUCCAAAGCAGUGAAGGAAGCAAAGUAACUACUCCACAAGAAAUGGUUCUUAUUCGUGGACGAGAGGGUGGCCAACUCGGUCCCGAGAAAACCGUCAUGGCCAAGAAUGUUGUGAUGUGUUGCGGUCUCUCCAAUGACUUGCUUGCCCAGCGUUCUGGAACCCCACUAAGUCACAUCGGCAGAAAAGUGAAGCAAACUUUUAGCUUUCGGGGGCGUUACUACCAACUGCGACCAGAGGCCCGCAAACUUGUUUCCAUGAAUGUGUACCCUGCACCUGAAGAAUGGAAAGGAAUCAGUGUGGGGGUGCAUUUUACUCCAACGGUCGAUGAGCGCCGUGGUCGACAGGUGAUCAUAGGCCCUGGAUCAUCGGUAGCCACGCAUCGCUACGGAUAUUCACCGUAUUGCUUCGACGCCGACUAUUGUUUUAAAUCGUUCUUCAGCAAAGGUGGAUGGGUAAGCCUUGUCUCCAACAUUGGCACAGUUUUUCGAAUGUUUGUGCUGGACACAAACCGACAGGCCUUCCUACGUGAGGCGCAGAAACUUAUACCCUCGCUGCAGGAUAGCGAUAUGGAGGAAAGUUUCUGCGGAGUAAUGGGUGUUGCCGUUACACCAGACGGCAAAAUGGAAAAUGACCUCGCCAUGGAAUUUUCCCGUCCCCGUGUUGUGGUUCCUGCCGUUCUAAAACCUGGAAAAGUGGUGGAGUUGGUUCCCAAGUCUGACGUUGCAAGUGACGGAUCUGCGGUGAAUGACAGGCCCCUCAUGCUCAACGUCCGGAAUGCACCAAGUCCCGCCGCUACGGCUUCUAUGGCAAUAGCGGAGGCCAUUGUUGAUGCAUCUGCUGAACAAUUCCGCUGGUAG